AAAACAAUAGAAAAAUGAUGAGUUGUUGGUAUUCAAUUGUGGUUUUAAUUAUUAUAGCAACUUGUAAUUUGGUGGAAAGCAAAUGUGCAUUUGAAGCAAUUUUUAAUUUUGGAGAUUCAAAUACUGAUACUGGUGGAUUUUAUGCUGCAUUUCCAUCUCAAGGGUCUCCUUAUGGAAUGACUUAUUUCAAAAAACCAACAGGACGGGCAACUGAUGGCAGAGUCAUAGUUGAUUUUCUUGCUCAAGGAUUAGGUUUGCCAUAUUUGAGUCCAUAUUUGCAAUCAAUUGGAUCUGAUUUCAGACAUGGUGCUAACUUUGCAACAUCAGCAUCCACAGUGCUCAUGCCACAAACAUCAUUGUUUGUAUCAGGUGUUAGCCCUUUUUAUCUAGGGAUUCAACUCCAACAGUUCAAGCUAUUUAAGGUUGAAAUCGAUGAACUUCAGAGUAAAGAGAACACUAAUCUGCCACCCUCAGACAUAUUUGGGAAAUCGCUUUAUACAUUUUACAUAGGUCAGAAUGACUUCACUGGUGAUUUGGGAAGUAAAGGAAUAGGUGGAGUGAAGGAGUACUUACCUCAAGUAGUUUCCCAAAUUACUAGCACCAUCAAGGAAAUCUAUGGACUAGGGGGGAGAACAUUUUUGGUACUUAACCUUGCACCAAUUGGAUGUUACCCAGCGUUUUUGGUUCAGCUCUCUCAUGACAGUUCUGAUAUUGAUGAGUUUGGAUGCUUGAAAUCAUACAACAAUGCAGUGGUGGACUACAACAAUAUGCUUAAAGAUGCAUUGGCACAAACCAGAAAAGAUCUUUCAGAUGCAAAUGUUAUUUAUGUGGACAAUCAUGCUGUCCUCUUGGAGCUUUUCCAACACCCCACUUCUCAUGGGCUAAAGUAUGGAAACAAAGCAUGUUGUGGACAAGGAGGUGGUUCUUACAACUACAACCAGGAAGUAUCCUGUGGAAAUACCAAAGAGAUAAAUGGACAAACAUUGUCAGCCACAGCUUGUGAGGAUCCAUACAAUUAUGUGAGCUGGGAUGGGAUACAUGCCACUGAAGCAGCAAACAAAAUCACAGCAAAUGUCAUUCUCAAUGAUGGUUCUAAUUUUGAUCCUCCAUUUUCACUACAUAAAUUCUGUGAUAUUCAGCCUGUCGAUUGAUACAUGAGCCACAAGUUGUUACUAGGAAAAAUGAAUAAAUAAAGGUCACGCGUUUAAUUAAAAUUGUUGUUGAUAAAUGGAUGCAUUAGGUUGCACGUGUAAUGAACAAUGGAUCAACU